CCGGCCAAGAGUCUCCGAGAGAGCGAGCUUGGCCGAUCUGUAAUCUCGAGACGGGACCAUGUUGUGCGGAGGCUCGCGUGUCUUGCAGCAUUUGUCCGAUCACCAUCAUCACUCAUCGAUUGGAUUAGGUUUAGGGUUUUGUGGGGCUAAGAUUGUGCAGCUGUCUUCCUUCUUUCUCAGGCCUUCUCUGGCUAUGGCGAACGGUCAUUUCAGCCAUAGAUUGCAUCAACGGAUGAUUUCUUCCUCUGGGUUUCAUUGCAGGACUUCCGGAGAAAUCCCAGUUCUUCACAAUUGUUUCAGCCAGCGAGAAGAUGAUCCUGAGCUUCCAGCUGAAGGGUUACUCCCAAUUGCAGAUUCAUGUUGCAGGAGGUAUUGUUGCUCUAGGGAAAUUUGAUGCGCUUCAUAUUGGCCAUCGAGAGCUUGCGAUUCAAGCUUCCAGAGCUGGAACUCCGUAUCUAUUGUCUUUUGUUGGAAUGGCAGAGGUACUCGGUUGGGAGCCUAGGGCUCCAAUAGUGGCCAAAUGUGAUCGAAAACGGGUGCUUACCUCUUGGGCCUCAUAUUGUGGGAACAGAGCACCGGUUGAGUACGAGAUAGAAUUUGCCAGCGUGCGACAUCUUACCCCACAACAGUUUGUGGAGAAGCUGUCAAAGGAGCUCAGAGUCUCCGGAGUUGUGGCAGGGGAAAAUUACCGUUUUGGAUAUAAAGCUUCGGGUGAUGCCUCGGAGCUAGUGAGGCUGUGCGAGGAGUAUGGUAUCGGUGCAUACAUCAUAAGCUCUGUGAUGGACAAGAAGCAAGACUCAGGAAAGAUAGACUCAGGGGACUCAAAAGACAGAGGGCAAGUCUCAUCUACACGUGUACGCCAAGCUCUUGCGGCGGGAGAUAUGAGCUAUGUAGCAGAGCUCCUUGGCAGGGCACAUCGUCUUAUCUUGCGAGUCAGAACUCAAGAUAUGCUGAAUGAAAGGAGGAUCUCAGUCCCGAGAUCAUCAAUGCUUAAUUUACCGCCUGGGAACGGAAUUUACAAGGCAUGUUUGCUUCUAGUUGGAGAUGAACCUUCAAUUCCUUGUAGCGUAGUUGUUGAUGCAUCAAAUAUCCAUGUAGAAAUCGAGGAGCUACGACUCUGUAAUUCAGAUUGGUCUCAAGAGUCGAAACUCUUGAGUGUUGAGUUCGGUUAAUUUAAUCUUGGUUCCUGCGAAUAUAACUCAAGACUGCUCACCUCUCUUGUUAUUUACUCAGGGAAACAUUGAGCUUAAGAAUCUUAGAGUCUUGUAAGGACUUGUGAAUAUACUCAAUUAGCCUUUAAGUAAGCAAUGAUUCUU